AUGUCGAAAAGGUCAGGGCUGCGACGAAAGUCCGGUGGCAAAGACUAUCGCAGGUCUACGCAGAUCGCACAACAGCCACCACAGCCCACCGUUACGUUCGAAACAAUCACAGACUUGGCAACUCCCGCCGCCCAUGUUUCGGCCUUUUGCCAAGCGGUUCUUGCAAAACUUAUACCCGAUGACUUCUGGGGGUCGGGCUCUUCUCGGAGGUCUAAUAAGCAGCUGGUCAUGACGAAGGUGCACCAUUUUGUCAAGCUUCGCAGGUUCGAGUCGCUAUCGCUUGGUGAAGUUGCAAAUGGUCUCAAGGUGACAGACAUCGGUUGGUUAGCACCGCCAGGCUUACUAUCCCAGAAGACCAGCCUAACCGACAAGAACAAGCGCCUCGAGAUUUUGAACGAAUUCCUCUACUAUGUUUUUGAUUCCCUUUUGAUACCCCUCCUGCGUAGUAAUUUUUACGUCACCGAGUCCAGUGUUCAUCGGUACAAAUUGUUCUACUUUCGUCACGACAUCUGGCGUUACGUGGCAGAGCCAGCCAUGGCGGAGCUCAAAGUCACCAUGUUUGAGGAGGUUAAGCUGGAUCAUGCACGGAGGAUAUUGGAGAACAGGAGACUUGGGUUCAGCCAAGUCAGGCUGCUGCCCAAACAAAUCUCCAUGCGCCCCAUCACCAAUCUCCGAAGAAGGGCCGCGCCGAUAGGCAACAAAAAGAUGCUGGGAUUGAGCAUCAACUCAAUUCUUGGGCCGGUGUACUCGGCCUUGAAAUUGGAAAAGGAACUCGACCCAUCCAAGCUGGGCGCCUCACUGUUCUCUGUUCCGGAUAUCUACCGGCGGUUGAAUGCGUUUAAAAACAGUCUGGGAGACACCCCAGGCAAGCUCUACUUUGUCAAGUUGGAUGUCAAGGCUGCUUUUGACACCAUUCCACAGGAUGCCGUCCUCAAGUUGAUGCAGGACGUGACAACCCAGGACAGGUAUAAGCUGUUGAAGCACGUUGAGAUCAAAGCAGGUCAUGUGGGCGGAGUCCACAAGCCCACACGGCGGUGGCAAGCGGUUGCCAUACGCGAGCACGAUAAGACCCCGUUCCUUGAUCGUGUCGAGAGCCAGCUGGCGCCGACCAAGCGGCAUACAAUCUUCGUCGACAACGUCAUGCAGCGAUCAGAGGAUCGACGAAAGCUCUUGUCUUUGAUGACGACGCAUAUAGAGCAAAACCUUGUCAAGCUCGGAAAGAAGUACUACCGACAAAAGAACGGCAUUCCUCAAGGGUCGGUACUUUCCUCUACGCUCUGCAACUACUUUUACGCCGAUCUCGAGCUACAACACUUGUCGUUUCUGAACGGUCAAGACUGUAUGCUGUCCAGGCUGAUUGAUGAUUUCCUUCUCGUUACCACGGAUGUGCGCAAGGCGCGAAGGUUCGUCAAGGUGAUGCACAUGGGCUUCCCUGAUUACGGGGUUUCUGUCAGCCCAGCUAAGACGUUGGUGAACUUUGAGAUGGAGAUUGACGGCGCCUCGGUGGCGAGUUUACCCAAUGGGGAGAAGUUCCCAUACUGUGGUACACUCAUUGACUGUAGGACGCUAGCCAUUGGGAAGGACCGUGCCCAUAUCAAGGAUACAGUGACCUCCAACGGCCUAACAGUCGAGUUCGGAUAUCAAACUGGGCACAACUUCAUGAGAAAGACACUGAAUGCUUUCAAAAUCCAAUCCCACAUCAUGUUCUAUGACACGGGGCACAACUCCCCGCAAACCGUCUAUUCCAACCUUUUUGAUUCCUUUACCGAGACUGCCACGAAGAUGCUGGCGUACGCCAAAUGCCUUGGGCCAAGUCAACACCCCGCGCCUCGGAUGGUCAUCCGCACAAUUUCGAAAGUGAUUGAUGUUGCGUGUGAGUUGAGCAAGCACCAGGUAACGUGGCUAGCACUUCAUGCGGUCAGGAAGGCCGUGGCGCGAAAGCAGUCAGCAUAUCGAGAUGUCCUUGAAUGGAUAGCUCGGGAGAUCAGGAAAUUACACUUCAAGAAGGAGAUUCGGGAUGUCGGAAUCCUCAAGAGAUUCGAGGAUGUAGCUCCAUGA